CAGUUUUGUAGUACCAAUAACAAUCACGUUCAUACCACUGCAGCUCUUACUACAGCGUGUGGAAAGCUAGCUUUUUAAUGUGUUUCUUGGGAAGACUUUGACAGAUAUCAAACCUCGAAAAUGGCACAAUUAUUAGACUGGCGGUUUUUAUUAUUAUUUAUUGCUAUUAAUGCGGUAUCCUCAAAGAGAAUUAAGGACAUGAUAUACAUGCCCGUGGACGGUGUCACCGCUUGUUUUCGUAGACACAACGGAUCUCAUCAAUUUGGAUGUUCAUCUCCUAGGGCAGGUAGUGUUGGAGUGAUCCAGCUUGUUGAUAGUGAUAGUGAUAUCAAAUGGUUGCAAGAAAAUGCAACUGCUGGACCUUAUGCGGCAGUAUUGCCAUUUUCUAUGUUUACAAGGGAUGUAUUAAUUCGUUUACGGAAUACUAAUAAUGUGAAUGGUAUCUUAUUAACACGAAAUACUACUAUUGAACGUCCAUCUCAUUAUUCUCCUGCUGACACAUGUCCUAACAGAUAUUCUGGUUAUAAACAAUGUGACAAUGAAAAACCAUGGAAUCCAGUUGGGUCAUCUUUGUUAUUAGAAGACUGGCCUUUUCCCAUAUUCUAUUUACUGAACGAUACUCAACUAGAGGAUAUAAAGAAGUGUUAUUGGACACACAAUGCACAUGAUCUUGAAGGACAAAGCAAACGGUCACUAUGUGCUUUGGAGCUAAAAGCCUUUAUGUUUGCUGCUGUCGAUUCCGAAGCUUGCAUAAGACGGAGUAAUCCAAGGUUAACUUUUAAUCCGUCACAGUUUUGUGACCCUCUUGGCGAUAGAAAUAUUCAUUGGGCAGUUGCACCAAUAACUGAUGAUUUGGAAUCUGUGAUACUGGUGACAGCUAAAUUAGAUUCUUCUUCCUUGUUCAAUGAUUUAUCACCAGGUGCAGGUGGUGCUGUUACUGGUUUUGUCACCUUGCUUGCUACCGCAUAUUAUUUGAAUACAUUGAACGCCACUAUUAAUAAAACGAAUGUGGUUUUUUCUCUCUUAAAUGGAGAGGAUUUCGACUAUAUAGGUUCCAGUCGAUUCGUGUACGAUUUGAAGGGAGGUAAUUUCAAUUCUUUGGGUGGAAAAACAUUGUUGUUCGAUCAAAUUUCAUCCGUAAUUGAAUUAAGCCAGCUUGGCCGUGGUCCAUUGUACUUACAUGCAAGUAAUUAUGAGGACAAUCAGAUACUAACGCAAUUGCAGGCUGCCUUAUCCGCAACCAUCUUGAAGGAUAGUGUUCCUCCCGCAUCAGUGCAAAGCUUUUUGAAGGCUAAUUCAAAUUUGUCUGCAACUGUUAUCAGUAAUUACAAAGAAGAAUUUAUAUAUAGAUAUUAUCAAGGUAUUCUGGAUGAUGGGGAAAGUAUUGGCUAUAAAAGAAACGAUUCUAGUACUCUUGCAAGCCAUCUUGCCAAAGUCGCCAUUAAUCUUGGUAACAUACUGUAUCAAAAUAUUACUAGUUCUCCUCCACGAUCCACCGACGAAAUUAUCGUCGAAGAACUCAUAGCGGAAAUAUUAACCUGCUACUUGGACAGUGCAAAAUGUGAUCUGUUUCGUGCAGCCUCGGCUCCGGGAGUAAAAUUACCAUCUAACACUUUGCCACUAUACGUAGGAGUAAAUAGAUCUCCAGUUCCCGCUGUAAGUUUAACCUGGCAGCUUUUUGCGCUUCUCACAGGUGAAAAGUUGCCCCAACUAAAUUCGACGGUGUGUCACGAUAAACGACUAGCUUGGAUGGCUGGUAUCAAUUUCACUGGAAUCUGUAUUAGCUCUUCAGUUAACUACAGCAUGGCUGUAAGUCCUGCAUUCAUUAUCGAAGGAUAUGAUAUGAAGUCUGGUGUUUAUUCAACGUGGACAGAAUCCGUAUGGCAAUAUUUAUCAGUGAGAAUGUUUUUAAAGCCAUCUGCAGCAGUCGAACGUCUCAGCAUGAUCGUUGGCUGUGUUGUGGCUAGUAUAUCAUUCGUAGUAGUAUGGUUUAUAAAUUCGCGUGCCGAUAUACUAUUUGGUACAAGUGUAUUGUCUUCAGUGGGAACGUCGAUUGCUAGGGACACGCCGCGGACCACAUAUCAAUGACCAGGCUGGAUCGUCGAGAAGAACGAAAUGUUCCAGUGACUAGCCUUUAAAUUCAAUGUGUGUGUGGUACGCCCUCGGACGAUCAAUACUUAUUUUUAUUCCAAUGUCUACAAACCUUCGUGUAGUAUAUCUUAUACUCAUUUCUCUGAAUUAGGUUCAGGUAUAAAUAUACUUGUUGGAUCAGUUAGUAUCUUUGAACACUGCGAGACAGCGCCCAAUGCAUAUAAUAAUUCUAUUAUGGUGGGUACGUCAUAAUUUAAUUAAUCUCUCUACUAAAAUUGACCCUCAGCUUAGUACUUACCUGGGCUUAUAUUAGCUAUCAUUGAUAAUUGUGUUUAAUACAGUUGAGCAUUGCUUAUGUGCCUGUAAAUGUCAUUAAUUGAAUGUUUAAUACUGAAAGUUCUAGGAAGUAAUUAAUUUUGUUAAUAAUUUGAGAUGAGUGUAAAAUAAGCUCGUCCACGUUGGUAACAUUAAGGUUUUUUCUUUUGACCAUCUUACUAUUUUUUGUACAGUGAAAUCUAAAGCGAUUAUAAUAUUGUAAAUUUGUGACAAUAUACAAUUCAUUGAAUUGCGUUUACCAAAAGUGGUGGACGUACCAUGUUAAUUAUCAUAAUAUCGACUGAUAUUUAUGCCAAAUGAGCAAUUUAGUAUAUUUCGCAUAACUCAUAUUUUCGUGAUAUCCUAUUGGAGAUGGGAUAUCGCGGUUCUUGAAAAUCGUUAACGUUGUACGAUUAUCAUUCUAAUACGAACCGUGAUUGGUUAUCGAAUAUGGAAUCGGUAAUCUUAUCCGAGAUGCAAUUAAUUAUUGUGGAUGCUACGAUUCGUGGCAAAAUGUAAAACCAAUUUCGUAAUAUAUCUCUUAAAAUUUUUAA